AUGGUGCAGUAUCUUCCGCCUCAUAAAACCAUUGGUAUCAUCGUACUUCGAGGAGCCAGUCAUCAAAAUGCUAUCGUUCGCGCGGCGACUGCACGACUGUUGUCGGACAUCACCGAUCGCAUUGGACCUGAUCAUAUUAUGAUCUUACCACGCAACGUGAGGGACAAGUUGUUAAAUACGAGCGCAAAGUUGUUGAUGGAUGGAAAUCUAGACGCAAGGCGAACUGUGAAAGAAGAAACUGGCAUAUCGUUUAUCGUGAUACAUAAUGACGUAGUGCUCGGAGAAAGUACUCCUCUCAUUAUCGAUCCGGGUUUCAAGGAACCACCGCAAGUUUACGACGUCAACUUCGAGGUCGAAUUUUUAUUUAUAGUUAACGACCACAACAAUAUAGGUUCGAUCGUAUCCACACCGAUUUUAAUAAAAGUAACGAGUGAUGUCCAAGAUCAACAUGUACCUGAUUCUGACAGAUCAGUUACGGAAUGCAAGCAGAAAAUAACAGCGAACGUUCCACAGCAAAUGUCGACUUCAUCAAGCGUAAUUGAUUUUUGCACUCUCGAUCUAAUGCCGAUAUUACUAGGUGAAAAAUUGCUCGUUGAAAGAUUAAUAGUGCAAACGCCACAUCUUUCGUUUGAUGGCAAGGCGAUCUCGUGGCAAAAUCUUCCUUUAUUAAACGCAACAGUAAUACAUGAUGACAAGGAGAUAUUUUCUUCGCAAGCAGAAAUUAAUUUCCUGAGUAUUACGGUGGAAAGUAUCUACAAUCCACCAACUUUUUUUACCAAAGAUGCGGAUUAUAAAGCGGGCACGAUAAUAUAUGUUGACAAUAAGCUUUCGGAAAAUGUAAAAUUCGAAGAUGGUAAAUGGACAAAAUAUCGUGAUCUGGAGAGAACUAAACGAUGGCGAAGCUUAUCAAAGUUACAGAGUCGCGCUAGAUUGUCGAAGUAUAAACUCGAUUACGAUUACGCACAUAUAAAAAACAUGCUCGACGUAGAACUCGACUUACAAAGGAAGGUAUGCCAGGACGAGCCUAGAAUCGAAUGGAACUUUAUGAAUCGCAGUACAUUGUGGGAUGUAGGAAGCGAAAUAAUGAAGAAGCAUCUUGUCAAGUAUAAAUAUUGGCCAUUCCAAUUUAUGGUAAGCAAAAAGAUCACGGAAAAGAGCAACAUUAAACAAAACGAAGAAGAAUUGAGUGAAUAUCAGUGUUACGUCGAUUUAUCAGAACUUGUUUUUCUAGGAAUAAAAAGCACUCGUGUAAUUGCGCAAUUGUACACGAAUGAUGCAUCGAGUAUAGCCGAGAAGACUGGUAAACAAUAG